AUGGACGGCCAGAGGCCACAGGGGCUGCCCCUCUCGGUGCCCAGCCCUCGGCGCCUGGCGGGCGCUGCCGUGUCCGCCGCUGUCCGGGCUCCGUCCCUCCCUCCACGACGCACGGGGAGCGAGGCCCGGCGCAGCGCUGGCUGCCGGGCGGGCGGAGGGCGUGGGCAGCGCCGGGGGCGGGGGCCGGGGGCGGGGGGCGGGCGCCCGGGCCUCCGGGCCGGCGGUGGAGACGCCGCGGCUGAGCGACGGAGAGAGGCGGAGACUGGGGGGGAGGGGGCGUGGAGCAGGCGGCGGGGGCGGGGACUCGGGAGCGGCGGCGCCGAGCCGGGGACUGAGGUGACCGAGGCCGAGCUGUGGAGGGCGGGCUUGGGGACCCAGCGGGCGGGGCGAGGUCGCUCCGUGCCGCCCACGCCGGAUGCACAGCCGGCCCUCUCCGCGCCCACGUACCCACGUGAGCGCCCAGCCGGCGACAUUCCUACUCCCCCCACCACCCGCUCCUACCCCACAGAGCGGAGAGCCGAGUUUCACAACCACGCACGGGUACACAAAAACACGGAGAAGCGCACGAACGUGCACACGCGCCCCAACAACUACGCGGACGCCCGCUGCCCACACUCCGGCCUCGCGGUGCUGUACGCUCCGCCCAUCCUAUUGGAUGGUAGGGGGCAGGUCUUGAAGUGGAUAGGCUGCUGGCCCUGCCUGUUCCGGCUAGUUGCUGGGGAGAGGCACGUGAAGAGGAGGCGGCGUGAGGCGACCACGGCGGGAGGAAUGAAAGUGGCGGUCUCACCGGCAGUUGGUGCCGGCCCGGGGGGCUGGAAGGCUGGGGGCAAUGGGGGCGGUGGGGCAGUGCGGCUGCUCCUGGUCCUCUCCGGCUGCUUGGCCUGCGGCUCAGCUGGAAUUGAUAUAAACGUGGUCAUGCUUCAGGAAUCCCGAGUUUAUAAUAUGAGUGACAGGCAACAGUUCUGUUAUAAAAAUGUGCUUAUCCCAAAGUGGCAUGAUGUGUGGACACGGAUACAGAUCCGGGUAAAUAGUUCCAAGCUGGUACGUGUCACCCAGGUGGAGAAUGAAGAGAAACUGAAGGAGUUAGAGCAGUUUAGUAUCUGGAACUUUUUUUCCUCCUUUUUAAAAGAGAAAUUGAACGAUACCUAUGUUAACGUGGGUCUAUACAGCACAAAAACCUGCCUCAAAGUUGAGAUUAUAGAGGAAGACACCAAGUACAGUGUCAUUGUGACCCGGAGAUUUGACCCCAAACUCUUCUUCAUUUUCCUGCUUGGACUUGUGCUAUUUUUUUGUGGAGAUUUGUUGAGCAGAAGCCAAAUCUUCUACUAUUCCACUGGGAUGAGUGUGGGAAUUGCGGCCUCUCUGCUAAUCAUCAUUUUCAUACUGUCCAAGUUUAUGCCCAAGAAAAGUCCCAUUUACGUCAUACUGGUGGGAGGCUGGUCCUUUUCUCUGUACCUCAUUCAGCUAGUUUUAAAAAAUUUACAAGAGAUCUGGAGGUGUUACUGGCAGUAUCUUUUAAGCUAUGUCCUCACAGUUGGAUUCAUGAGUUUUGCAGUCUGUUACAAGUAUGGGCCCUUGGAGAAUGAACGAAGUAUCAACCUGCUGACCUGGACCUUGCAGUUGAUGGGCCUAUUUUUCAUGUAUUCCGGUAUCCAGAUACCACACAUUGCCCUUGCCAUUAUCGUCAUUGCACUGUGUACUAAGAACCUGGAGUACCCUAUUCAGUGGCUGUACAUCACCUACAGAAAGAUGUGUAAAGCAACAGAAAAGACUGUCCCCCCUCGUCUCCUGACAGAAGAAGAAUAUCGGAUACAAGGAGAGGUGGAGACCCGAAAGGCUUUAGAGGAGCUUCGAGAAUAUUGUAACAGUCCAGACUGCUCUGCUUGGAAGACUGUCUCUCGAAUCCAGUCUCCAAAGAGAUUUGCUGACUUUGUGGAAGGUUCUUCUCACCUCACACCAAAUGAAGUUUCUGUCCAUGAGCAGGAAUAUGGAUUAGGGAGCAUUACUGCCCAGGAUGAACUCUAUGAAGAAACAUCCACUGAGGAGGAGGAGGACUCAGAUUCUCGGUACCCCACUGUCACACAGCAGAUCAACUCCUGACUUAGGUGGUGGUCGGUUAUUUUUAUGUGGACUGGCUUGGGACCUCGAUGGUCCAUGUUGUAUGUGUGUGCAGCUGCUUCUCAGCUCUUUGAAACGGGGUGAGAUAGUACAGAAAUUCUCCCACUGAAAUUAGAGGCCUGAGCAGGCCUCCCUCCGGCAAUGGUCCUGGUGGUCUCUGUGGGAUCCCUGAGGAAGGAGAGUGGAUAAAAUAUUGAACGCUUCCCAAAGCUUCCCAUUGGUUGUGG